AUGACUCUGAAGUUUUCCCGUUUCAUGAAUGGUGAAUUUGAGAUGAGCAUGAUGGGUGAGCUAAAUUUCUUUUUAGGAUUAAAGAUAAAGCAAACUCCUACUGGUACAAUGAUUCAUCAACAAAAGUAUGUGAAAAUGAUUCUCAAAAUAUUCAAGAUGGAUGACGCCAAGGAGAUUGACACCCACAUUGCCACUACACCAAGUUUGUGUGCCAGGUUUCAAGCAUGUCCUAAAGAAUCACAUCACAAAUCUGUCAAAACAAUUUUCACGCAUCUUAGAGGAAUUACUGAUUUGGGACUCUGGUACUCUAAGGGGAACAAUUUCAAUCUUGUAAGAUAUGCAGAUGCUGACUAUCCUGGAUAUUUGGUUGACAGAAAAAGCACUACAGGAAUGACACAUUUCCUUGGAACAUGCUUGUUUUCAUGGUCCACCAAGAAGAGAAAUAUUGUAGCAAUGUUUACUGCACAGGCUGAGUAUGUGGCAGCUGGUUCAUAUUGUGCGCAAUUACUUUGGAUCAAACAAUAA